UAUUUUGUAUUUUAAAGGACUUGUUUUGCCUUCACAAUGUUUGGCGACUUAUUUGAAGAGGAUUUUUCCUUUAUUUCAAACAAUCAUUGUGGAAAAGGGAAGAAAUCAAAGCCCAGAGAUUCUGAGCCUCCAGCUCCCAGGGAUUUCACCAACCUAAGUGGUAUCAAAAAUCAAGGUGGGACCUGCUACCUCAAUUCCCUUCUACAGACUCUGCUUUUCACACCUGAAUUUAGAGAGGCGCUGUUCUCUCUCGGUCCUGAAGAACUUGGGACUCUGGAUGAUAGCAGUAAACCAGAUGCCAAGGUUCGCAUAAUUCCAUUACAACUUCAACGGUUAUUUGCCCAGCUUCUGCUCUUGGACCAGCAGGCUGCAUCUACAACAGACCUUACUGAGAGCUUCGGGUGGAACAGCCAUGAGGAGAUGAGGCAACAUGAUGUGCAGGAAUUAAAUCGAAUUCUGUUCAGUGCUUUGGAAACUUCCCUUGUGGGGACUUCAGGUCAUGACCUUAUUAACCGAUUGUACCAUGGGAUUGUUGUCAACCAGAUUGUUUGUAAAGAAUGCAAGAAUAUCAGUGAGAGACAGGAAGAUUUCUUAGACCUAACAGUGGCAGUAAAAGGUGUUACUGGCUUGGAGGAGGCCCUGUGGAACAUGUAUGUGGAAGAAGAGUACUUUGAAAAUGAGAACUUGUAUCGGUGCGGAGCCUGUGAUAAACUUGUUGAAGCUUCAAAGUCUGCUAAACUGCGCAAGCUGCCACCCUUUCUCACCAUUUCUCUCCUGAGAUUUAACUUUGACUUUGAGAAGUGUGAACGAUACAAGGAAACGAGCUGCUAUACAUUCCCCAUCCAGAUAAAUCUGAGGCCUUUUUGUGAGCAGACUGAAAUGGAUGAUUCAGAGUACAUGUAUGAGCUCUUCUCUGUUAUUAUACAUAAAGGUGGCUGCUAUGGAGGACACUAUCAUGUUUAUAUCAGAGAUGUGGAUGAAUUAGGAAACUGGCAAUUACAAGAAGAAGAGGAUAGACUGAUUGAAGAUAAGGCUUUGCGAGAUACCGAAAAUGCCAAAGAAACAGAAAAUCCAUUGGCAGUCUUAAAUGGGAUUUUGUCAGAGGAAGAAUCUAAAAUUCCUGUGGAUCAGUUAGGGCAGAAACUAUUGGAGAAAACAGGGGUGUCCUGGAAUAAGAAAUACCGAAAACAAUACGGAGCAUUACGAAAGUAUUUGCAGAAUCAUCCUCAGGUAUUUCAGUUCAGUCCUGAUGAAAAUAAGGUUGGUCUGAAGGAGAAAUGCAAGCUCCCAUUUAAAUCAGAUUCUCAAGGACAAGAUCUCCGAAGCCCUCCUCAGAAGAAUGACGUUCAGUGGAAUUCAGAAAAAAAACCUACAAGGCUAAGGGACAGUUCCGCUGGUCGCCAUUGGUUUGAUCUGAAUGAUUCAAAAGUCCAGCCGAUCAAGGAGCAGGAUAUUGAGAAACAAUUUCAGGGUAAAGAGAGUGCCUACAUGCUGUUUUAUCGAAAAUCUGAGUUAAAAAGACCACCUGAAGCGCGAGGAAAUCCAAGGUACCAAAUUCCUGAACACCUUCUGAAUGAAAUGAAUGCUGCUAAUACUGAGCUGCAAAAAAAGAGAGCGGAAUGUGACUCGGCAAACAAUGGCAUUGAUUUACAUCUCCAUUUGAGCUCGCGUUACAAAUUUCACAAUGGGGCUCUGCAUCCUUCCCUUACUUGGAAAGAGAGUGUUGUGGAUUUGACUAUGGAUAGAAGAAAAACGCUAGGAGACCUUCGACAAUCGGUAUUCCAGAUGUUGGAAUCUUGGGAAGGAGACAUGAUUCUCACUAUUGCCAAGCAUUUACCAGCAGGACUGCAUCUUUACCAGAUACUUGAUGGAGAUGAGCUGACACUGGAGGGCAUUGGGCUGGCUGAUGGAGCAGACAUCUUCGUGUGGAAUGGGAAGGAGGUUGGUGGUACAAAGGUGAUGACAGGCCCUGAUCAUGAACCUGUGGUCAUAAACGUUCUUCGUUUAGUGGAGUAUAACGAAGGAGGGAAGGGUCAGCAUUUCACAGAAUCGCAGCAUGUCUUUUCAUGCAGCACAAAACUGGGUGAUCUGCACAAAGCCUUAGCACCGUCAGGGGGAAUCAUUCUAAAGAACAGCUCAGGACCAGAUAAAGAAGCCAAGAACUGGGAAGUUUUUCUUGAAGAAGAUAUGAAGGAAACGGUCAAAAGUGUUGGUCUGAUGGAUGGAUGCUCAGUACUAAUCUUAGACAGCCAUGACCAGAGCUUCGUGGAUGUGUCAAGUGGCAAUCUGACUGCUUUUACAUAUGACAUCAGCUGGCUCCAAGUUAAAAACUUCUGCAGAACGGAAGAUGAAGGGAAACACGUUAAAAUUACUGCCACUAUUGAAACAGUGAUGUCAGAUAUCAAAAUGAAAGCAAUACGGGAGCUUCAGCUGGAGGAAGAACUAGCAAAUGACAGCUGUCUUAGACCUGUUAGUGGAAAUGGGAAACUUCUUUCUCCAGUGCCUGAGGAUUAUACUGUCAAGGAAGCAGAACUGAAAAUGGGAAGCUUGCUAGGACUGUGUCAUGGGAAAGCCCCAACUUCCACUCAGCUUUUCUUGUAUUUUUUUGUUGGGAGUGACCGAAACGCAAGCCCGGAGAUGGAGAUAGUUGUGGAAGAGACUGCCUCCGUCAAAGAGUGUCUACGUUUAAUGCUGGAAAAAUCUGGAUUAUCAG